GUGUGAAUGGUUGAGUUUAGUUUAGUUGCAUGCUCUUGCUGUCAUUAAGCGACAUGAAACUAGCGGUCUCUGUGGUCUGUUGCGUCGUCCUCGCCCGUGGGACGCUGGCGGCAGUGCUCACGGUACCUACUCGCACUCGCGUCCAAGAUGAAGUUCCUGACGACCUAUACAAAUUACCUCCGGGACUGCUCUUUGGAGCUGGAGUGUCCGCGACUCAAGCAGAAGGGGCCUGGAAUGUCGAUGGCAAAGCCGAGAGUGUGAUGGAUCAUCUAGUACAAAACUUUCCUUCAAUGUACCAAGAGACAAAUGAAGUUUCAGCAGAACAUUACAAGCACUACAAAGAAGACCUUGCUCUUGCUAAGGAGUUGAAAUUCACAACGCACCGAUUUUCUAUAUCUUGGUCGAGAAUUUUUCCUACUGCUGACAGAAAGACACCAAAUAUGGAAGCUGUCGCAUACUAUCGAGACUAUAUAAAAACGAUUCGAGAAAAUGGGAUGGAGCCUUUCGUCACGAUGUUUCACUUCGAUCAUCCAUAUUCGCUAGAGGCAGAAACUGGAGGCUGGAAAAAUAGAACAAUGGUUGAUAAGUUUCUGGAGUACGCAGAAUUCCUAUUCGAAACAUUUGGCGAUGAUGUAAAAUACUGGAGCCCAAUUAACGAAGGCAACAUGUACUGCAUUUACAUCCCACCAGAAUUAGGGGCCUCUGGUAUCGAAUUUUACGACCCUCACACGUUCUACGAAUGUUUACACAAUACAAUCCUAGCCCACGCUUACGCAUACCGCCUAUACAAAGAAAAGUUCUACAAAACGCAGCAAGGAAAAGUUGGCAUAUCUGUUUUAAUGUGGCCAGCAACUCCGAACACUCAAGACUACAAAGACAGUAUUGCUGCAGACAUAUUUAACAAUUUAUUCUCUGGAACUGCUGUGGAUCCAGUUGUGCACGGAGACUACCCUCCCCUCAGCCGGUACUUGAUUGACAAACGGUCAAACGAGAUGGGCCUCCAAAGAUCAAGACUUCCACAUUUCACUUCAGAAGAAAAGACAUUGUUGGCUGGUGGCAGUCCAGCGACUGAUUUCAUUGCACUUAACCUGUACAGUGGUUUUAAAGUGGAGUACGUUAAAGACGCAUCUGAUCACGGGGUGACUCCCUUGGCGCAGGAGUUGCUUCAGCCCGUGCUUGACGACAUGGAACAUGUAAAACUGAUAUCUGGAGGUACCUUCGAUUCGGCGCCCAUUCGGUCUGAUUCACGUGGACUACAAAAAUAAAACUCUCAAACGAACGUUGAAGGACUCUUCAACCUUCUUUAUUGAGAUGGCUGAGACACGCCGAGUUCCUUCAUCAUCACAAGCGUCAACUUUGUCACCACCAACGUCAACUUUAUCACCACCAUCGUCAACACAAACACCGUCUGGAUCUAGCUCGGUUACAUCGGCACCAUUCCUACUCAUAAUAGUUUACAGCUUAUUAACAUUGACGCUUUAGCUUUUAAUAAAUCAGAAUAUUUUAUUUCCUGACAA